UGCAGUUUGUGAAUUAUGCAGCACAGUUUCUAUUCUGAACAAUAUAUGUCAUGUGUCACACUACUCUUCAUUGGAACAUGGCGCAUUGACGACCACAGCUCGGUUUUAGGGGGACCCGGAAGCGAAAAACUUCGCUCCAGUCUGUCAACGAAAGUGAACUGGAAAUCGGUUUGAAACCAGAAGAGACAAGAGAACUUCGCGAUAACUGGUGAAGAAGUGUUCGCUGGCUUGGCGGAGUUCUUCAGUAAACUUUAUUAUUCAUUUCUCAGAGUUUAGCUAAGUUUAUCUAACUUUUUAAAGUUUAUGAACGGACAACUUUUCUUCUCUCAAUCCCCGGAGGAACAGAAUUCGCCACCACUGACCCACGGUGCGUCUGCAGGAGGAGCUAGAUCCCACAGGGGAGGGGAGGAGCGCCUUUCCACACUGAGCCCCUGUUGUUCCGUCUUGCAGAGGCUGAAGACCAUUCCAGCCACCGGCAUGUCGUCUAGGAAGCGAAACCAGCUGAAGAUCAUCCUCCUGGGAAACUCUGGAGUGGGGAAGUCGUCCCUGAUGAACCAGUUCAUCAACCAGCGCUACACCAACCUGUACAGGGCGACGAUUGGGUCCGACUUUCUCACCCGGGACAUCACAGUGGAUGACCAGCACGUCACCCUGCAGGUAUGGGACACAGCAGGCACGGAGCGCUUCCAGUCCCUGGGCUCCGUCUUCUACCGGAGCACCGACUGCUGCCUCUUGGUGUUCGAUGUGACCUCGGCCGAUUCAUUCCGGGCGCUGCAGGGCUGGAGACAGGAGUUCGUGGUGCAGGGCUCCUCCCGGGACCCCGAGACCUUCCCCUUCGUCGUGCUGGGGAAUAAAGCUGACCUGGGGAACAGGGAGGUCAGCAGGAAGCAGGCGGAGGACUGGUGCCGAACCCACAAGGCGGAGUAUUUCGAAACCAGCGCCAAGGAAGCUCUCAACGUGGAGACGGCGUUUCGGGCUGCGACGCGCUUAACGCUGAACCAGGUGAAGGCCGUGGACCGCUGCGUGGAAAAUCAGAACCUGGUUCAGCUCCAGACGCAGUCCAGCUUCAUCAAUUCGCUCUGUAGCUGUUGAUUCUUCCGACUGGAUAUCGACCUCCGCCGUAACCCCUCUCCCGCUCGGCCACUGCUGUGGUACCCAACAAGAACCGAGUCCCUGCGUCUGGGCAACGUUGCCUCAUAUACAUAAUUCCGAGCAGGAAAUUUUUAUACGGCCCUUUCAAUGCACAGCCCUUUACAUGUAUUUUUAAUAUAAUUAUGCAAACUGUAGAUAAUUAAAAUUUAAAUAGAAAACUUGCAUAAUUUUGAUUUUAUUAAUUGAUGGGUGUUAUGAAAUAUAC